UAAGCUACCACGUGGCACGUUUGCAACAACCGAGUGACGUUUCACAAAUAGAUAUUUUAUCUCACGUUACAUAGCGGACAUUUAAUUGACUUGAAGAAAAAGAACAAAAUACGUUAUGGUGAAGUUCCGCUGGACAAGACAAAUCGAGAAAAAUUUCACCAACUGCUUAACAUGGAUAGCAAUGUGUGCGGGAAUUUCUCUUCUUUUCGUCAUGAUAGGAUCAUGGUCCGGUCUGCUCUGCGCACAGGAGUAUAAACCGUCCAAAAGGACUGAAGGGUCACAUGUAUUCCGAAUCAAGGAUCCUGUGAUUCAAACAGACAGACUAGAAGGCAAGGACGCCCCAGAAUUUAUCACAAAUAUGAAUAUGUCGAUGGAAGCGUAUGAUAAACUAGAGAGAGACUUUUUCAGGUAUCUGAACAAUAUCCAGUUUGACUGCCGCAACCGUAUCCGAGCAGGUGGAGAUCCCGAGGGAGGCUGGGAGGUCUGCUUAGAUCCACCUUACGACAUGAAGAAAGAUGCCUGUCUAGUGUAUUCAUUUGGGAUAGCCAGAGAUUGGACGUUUGAUGACUACAUGGGCGAUGUUUUCCAUUGUGAAGUUCAUUCCUUUGAUCCAAGUAUAGGAGAAAAGGAUCAUAAACGUAGUAAGUACGUAAAUUUCCACAAUCUGGGAAUCUUCGGGCGGAACAGUGUGAUUACUAAAAAGAAGGUGCCAUGGACUGUGAAGACACUGGGUUCAAUAAUGAACAAGCUGGGCCAUCGCGAGAAAACGUUAGACUACUUGAAGAUUGAUGUUGAAAGUCACGAGUGGAUGUCCUUACAGACGGCCAUAGCGGAAGGAGCUUUGAGACACGUCAAACAAUUAGGAAUGGAGUUCCACAGUGCGGAACACAACCUCCUACAACCUAUGCGUAUAAGUAUAUGGCGGGGGUUGUAUCGACUAGGGUUUAGAAUCUAUUUUACAAGUUGGAACCACAAUUGCAGAAGGACAUCCAUCGCAACUGGUAGAACAAUUUUUACGUGCCAGGAGGUACAUUUCGUCAAUAUUAAUUUUAUGCAAGAGUAAUAUGUUUGAUAUUGAGGGAUUAUCGCGCGGGAGUAUUGCUUUAUAAUUUACGGAGGCACGAAAAUAAUGUAAUGUGUAUUUUAGUAAAUACACGCAUUUAUUUGAUAUUGAAUUAGAUUAAUCAAUGUUUUUUUCACAGAGAUCGCUUUAUUUUGAUGUUCAUUUUCGCCUCCUUUGACUUUUGCCAGGUGGUUGUACAUACUUAUUGAACAGCAUCAUAUGAAAGAUUUCGAGCGGAGGGAAUAUAAAAAGAUAUUAUUACGAGUUUUUGUUUUCCUACAGCCUAUCAUUUUCUUUGCCAAUUUGUUUAAUUUUCAGC